AUCCACCCUUUUCUAACCUCUUUUAUCAUCUCUCUCCCUCUCUCUCUCUCUCUCUCUCACCCUCCCUCUCCCUCUCUCUCUCUCUCGUUUUAGUUUCUUGAUUUGUUCUCAUCUCUUUUGUCACCCUCUCUCUUGCAAUCCCCUGAUUCUGUGCUUCCAAGGUCUCCCUCUCUCUCCCUCUCAUUCCCUCUCUCCCCCUCUCUCUCUCUCGUAGUGCAUGUGUAUAUGUUAACUGUAAAUGUAACAGGGGAAAUAAACAAGAAGAUGGCAGCUACUUACAACACAAAUGGAAACGACACUGUUGCUGCCCGUGAUCACGAGUCAAACUCAGCAGAAAAGAAAUAUGGAGAAAUAAUGCCAAAGAAGAAGCCUUUAAUCUCCAAGAAUCAUGAAAGGGCCUUCUUUGACUCGGCAGAUUGGGCGUUAUGCAAGCAAGCUGCAGGAGUUGAUCCGAUAUCGUCUGUGUAUAUAGAGAAUUUGCAGCCAAAACUGCAGAGAACACCUCACCAACAGCUUCCUCCACGGAGACCUGCUUGCAGUUCUGGAAGGGAUGGCCUCAUCAGCUCCUCUAAUUAGAUACAUAGGUCCGUACAAUAAUAUAAAUAUAAGAGAGGAGGAUAUUGACGAAUAUGUAAACUAAACGACUUGAUCCUUAUGUUCAUGUUCAUCUAUGUAAUCUGCGCAUAAUGGAUCCUAGCUAGCUCUGCACAUGCUACACACACAGAUACCUAUCAAUACAAAGUUGAUUGAUCUCAAUAAUAAGAAAUCAGUUGAGUAAA